GCGUCAGCGUUGCGCAGGUUGGGUUUGAACCGAAAGCGGAGUGACCUUCCCGGGGUAGGAGCAGAGAGAGGAGGCAGCUGUAGGAGACUGAAGCAGCAGACUAAUGUCCGCACUCCAGUCCUCAACUCUCGCUACAGAUAUGAACAACCUACCUGGAGAUGAAAUUGGGAAGCUGUUUGUGGGUGGAUUAGACUGGAGUACAACUCAAGAGACUUUACGAAAUUACUUCUCCCAAUAUGGAGAGGUUGUGGACUGCGUCAUCAUGAAGGACAAAAGCACAAAUCAGUCCAGGGGUUUUGGCUUUGUGAAGUUUAAAGAUCCAAACUGUGUUCGGACUGUCCUGGAUACCAAGCCUCAUAACCUUGACGGUAGAAAUAUUGACCCUAAGCCAUGUACUCCAAGAGGAAUGCAGCCGGAGAAGACGAGAGCAAAAGAUGGCUGGAAAGGAGGUAAAAGUGACAGCAAUAAAUCCAAGAAGAUAUUUGUUGGUGGAAUUCCACACAACUGCGGUGAACCUGAACUCAGGGACUAUUUUAACAGAUUUGGAGUGGUCACAGAGGUGGUAAUGAUCUAUGAUGCAGAGAAACAGAGACCCCGAGGUUUUGGAUUUAUUACUUUCGAGGCCGAACAAUCAGUGGACCAGGCUGUCAACAUGCAUUUUCACGACAUCAUGGGCAAAAAAGUUGAAGUGAAAAAGGCUGAGCCUCGGGACAACAAAGCUCCUGGCCCUGGGCAGCUGGGAGCCAAUCAGUGGGGACCCAGAGCCAUCUUAAGUGCGGCCAAUGGCUGGGCCGCACAGCCUGCUCAGAGCUGGCAGCAGAGCUAUGGCCCUCAGGGGGUUUGGGUGUCCACAGGGCAACCAUUAGGGGGAUAUGGGCCUCCUUUGCCAGCAGGCCGAGGUGCUGCCCAACCUCCCUCGCCCUUUAAUGCGUUCCUAGUUACAGCAACCCCACCAGGAGGAUUUGGGGCACCUCAGGGAUAUCCACAACAGGGCUACAGCACACCUCCUCAAUUUGGGUACAGUUUUGGCACGCCACAAGGUGACCAGUUUGUACCCCAAGGAAUGCCUCCGCCUCCUACUACUCCCGGAGCUGGGCCUCUGGGCUUUGCCCCUGCUACCACCCCUACUCAGGACAUGAGCAAAGCCCCACCAGCACAGCCUGACUUCUCUUAUAGCCAGUACGGCUUGGGUAACUAUCCUCAGGACCCCUCUGCCUACGGACCAACGCGUCCUUCUCACAGUUAUGGUCAGGAUGAGCAGGGAUAUAGUGCAGGUUAUGGGCAGGAUCUGAGCGGCUUUGGACAUAGCUUUGCCGACCCUAGCCAGCAGACUGCCUCAUAUGGUGCCCCUUCCGCACAGCCUACAUCAGCGCCGCAGCCCACAGCGACUACUUUUGGUCGUGGGCAAAACCACAACGUCCAGGGCUUCCAUCCUUAUCGGCGCUGACCAUUCCCUUCUGACUUCCUCAAUGCAAUACAAACCGUCAGGGAAUCGAUGUUCUGAUCACAAAUGCCACUGGAUUGUGAGCUUGAUGAACAUUACAAAUGUAACUGGAGGGUGUUUGUGUGUAUGUGUGGUUGAGUGUGUGUAAGUUAUGAACAGGGACUAUACUCCUUUAUGAGGAGGCCACAUUUGUUGUGUAUUUUUUUUUUUUUUUUUUUUCUAGUAGGGCAGCGCUAUUUAGCAAUAGAUUUUCUUGAUUGGUGAAACAUCAGCACAGAACCAUGCCAGUCGGCGGAGUGACAGGGUCUCCCAUUUCCUCAGCUUUAAUUCUAUUAGGGCAAAAAUAUUUUAUUUUCAAUUUUGUGGACUUUUUGUUUACUAUCUGAGCCUUUGACCAUUUUAUUUAAAACAUUGUUCGAAAUAGAACGUACAAAUAUGUAUUAUAAACCUGAACUGUGCAAUUUUUUAAAAGAAUUUUGUACUAUUAAAUGUGCGCUUUUCUUGUUUUUAUUUCAGGAUGUAGUGGAUUCCCUCAGGUGGCUGUUUUAGUGCACUUUGCACUUAUGCAAAAAAAGAGAGAAAUUUUAUUUGAAAUAAAUGAUUUAAAGAUA